AUGGGGAACUCAACAGCACCCAACUUUCCCAAUCUGAUAAUCGAAUCUCCUGCCUCAGCACCAGGAGUCCACGUAAUAGUGCUGAACAAGCCGGCAGAGAACCGACUAAACGUCGCCUUCGCACAGAGCAUCAUCGCGGCCCUGCGCUACAUCGAAGUCAAGCUGAUGAAACCAGACUCCCCAGGUGCCGUCAUCAUCUCGAGCUUCUCAGAUAAAUUUUGGUGCACUGGCUUGGAGCUGGACGAGUCCGACACCAACGUCUACGCAAAUGCUGAUGGAUUCUACCCUCUACUCGCGACGCUGGUGGACUAUCCCUACCCAACUAUCGCUCUCAUCACAGGCCAUACCUUUGGAGGAGCAUGCCCCUUCAGUUUGUCGUGCGACUACCGGAUCAUGAACAGCAAGCGUGGUUUCAUCAGUAUGCCACCCGUGAAUCUAGGACUGCACUUUGACGGAAUUGGCGCUCUGCCGCGCUUGAAGUUGCAUCCUCAGAUCGCAAGGAAAAUGCUGCUCGAGGCGCACAAGUGGACGUCGACGGAGGCGCUCAAGGAUGGCAUUGUAGAUGAGAUCGUGGAGCCAGAGCGUAUGAGAGAACGGGCCAUCGAGUUUGCCAAGACGAUCGCUCCUCGUGCCAGUAUGGGUGUUUAUGGACUGUUGAGAUCAGAGCUCUGGGGAGAGGCCCUGGAUAAGUUCAAGGCCAUCAGCUACGUUCACCGUAAGAGAGUUGGGACGGAACCGAAGGCUAAAAUCUGA